AUUACUUUGUUUAAUUCGUGGAUUUAACGGGUAUUGCCACAUGGAAUCAGGGUUACUGCUUCUUUAAGUGAUUUUUUGGGGAUGGGCUAUUUUCAUAACGUCAUUUAAUUCCUCCCUCUUUUUCAUUUUCUCGUUCUUUGAUUAUUUUUUCUCCCCCCAUUUCCUAAAUGGAACAGAUUGCCCGAGCAUUUUCAUUUCCCAGCUUUCCCAAUUUGUUGUAUUAAAAGUUAGCCUACUCUUUUUAUUUUACAGUAUUUUUUAAGUUGAACUUUUCUUCUGUGUUUGAGGGCUUACAUCUCAGUGGACGUAAACUGCAAGUCAAUUGGGGCGAUGGUGGAGGUGCAAUGAUGAUGAUGAACUUUAAAAUAAUGAUUCACUAACUUGUUUGUCUUUUUCUACCUGACAAGUUGUUAUAAGUUCCUUUUCAUCAUGAUGUACUCUCCUCUCUGUCUUACUCAGGAUGAGUUUCAUCCGUUCAUCGAGGCCCUUCUGCCGCAUGUGCGUGCCUUCGCCUACACCUGGUUCAACCUGCAGGCGCGCAAACGCAAGUACUUCAAGAAGCACGAGAAAAGGAUGACUAAGGACGAAGAGCGGGCGGUGAAGGACGAGCUGCUGGGAGAGAAGCCCGAGGUCAAGCAGAAGUGGGCGUCGCGUCUGCUGGCCAAACUGCGCAAGGACAUCCGGCCCGAGUGCCGCGAGGACUUUGUGCUGUCCAUCACAGGGAAGAAGCCCCCCUGCUGCGUCCUCUCCAACCCCGACCAGAAGGGCAAGAUGAGGAGGAUCGACUGCCUGCGUCAGGCCGACAAGGUGUGGAGGCUGGACCUGGUUAUGGUCAUCCUGUUCAAGGGCAUCCCGCUGGAGAGCACGGACGGAGAGCGCCUGGUCAAGGCUGGGCCAUGCAACAACCCCAUCCUCUGUGUCCAGCCACACCACAUCAGCGUCUCGGUCAAAGAGCUGGACCUCUACCUGGCCUACUUCGUACAGGAGAGAGAGUCAGAGCAGAGCAGUAGCCCACGCACAGGUAUUGGGUCAGAUCAGGAGGAUAGCCGAGCUGCCACCAUGGAUGCUCCUGAGUUUCAGGAAAGCUUUGUGACGUCAGGAGUUUUUAAUGUAACAGAGCUGGUGCAAGUGUCCAGAACUCCGGUGGUGACCGGGGCAGGCCCUAACUUCUCCCUGGGGGAGCUGCAGGGGCACCUGGCCUACGACCUCAACCCCUCAGGGGUGGGCAUGAGGAGAACCCUGCCCAGCACCUCCUCCAGCGGGAGUAAGAGGCACAAGUCGGGCUCCAUGGAGGAUGAUGUGGACACCAGUCCUGGAGGGGAGUACUACACCUCUCCCAACUCCCCGGCUAGCAGCUCCCGCAACUGGCAGGAAGACCUGGAAGGAGGCAUGUCCCCUGGAGUAAAGAAGACAGAGAUGGACAGCCCGUCUCCUCAGGAGAGCUCCCCACGUCUCGGCUUCACACAGCACCACCGGCCCGUCAUCGCAGUGCACAGUGGGAUCUCUCGGAGUCCGCACCCUUCCUCGUCUUUGCACUUCCCCACCACCUCCAUCCUGCCCCAGUCCACCUCCUACUUCCCCCACACCGCCAUCCGCUACCCGCCACACCUCAGCUCCCAAGACCCGCUGAAGGACCUGGUCUCCCUGGCCUGUGACCCGUCCAACCAGCAGCCCAGCCCAGUGAGUCCAGCCCAUCUAACAACUCUAACUAGGGCCCCGAGUUUGUCCUGGUCAGGUCAUUUGGUCAUGCCCAGUCACUACAUCUCCUCCCAGAUGCUGGCGCCCCCUCCGCCAAUGCCCCGUCUGACCCUGCCCCCGACUCCAAGUCCAGCACCACCACCUCGACGGGGAGCCAACUCCCCAACGUCACCCACAUACUCAGCUCCAGGGACGCCCCCUGCCAACCGCCCCUUUGUAGGGAUUGGACCUCGAGACCCUGGCGGACUCUACCAGGCACAGUCCUGGUACCUGGGGAACUAAACAACGCAAGGAUAAGCGAAAAGGGCAUGGACACGUGGAUUUGAGAUUCAACACUUUUUGUGGAAUUAAGAAAAAAGAAAAAAAAGAGAUGCAAGAGGGAAAAUGUAUAUAUAUGCAGUAUAUAUACAGUAUGUAUAUAUAUAAAUAUAUGUGUGCAUAUAUAUUUAUAUAUGUAUAUCAACAUAAAAUAUGCUUCAACACACCUUUUUUGAAUAAAGACAGAGGGGGAGAGAGCGAGUGCCAAGGAGAGAAAGAAAAGAAAGAGAAGAGGAUGUUUGGGCAGCCAGAAUUAACUGUGGGGCAGAGACAUGACCCCACGAACCCAGUACCCCCCCCCCCCCCCCCC